AGUCCUCUAUUCUUGGAGGGAAAAUCCUCCUGCUCCCAAAAUUCGAAGCUGCUCGUAGCGCGAGAGGGAGGAGAUCGGCGUCAUCUAGGGUUUCCAAACGAUGAGGGCGCAGGUUCUUCUGUAUUUUUAAUUGGCCCUCAUUAACUCAUUCAAAGCUGCAAUGGUGGAGAUUGGGUCACUAAAAAUGCAACAUGCUGGAUCAAGUGAAUGUCAGAGUUUGGGCAGUUCUCUGUGUCCAUCUGGUCGAUUUCCAAAGGUGUCUAUUGGUAUCACAGUUGAGAGAUGCCCAAAAAUGGGAUAUGGAUCAACAAAAGAUGGUGCUGCAUUGCCUACUUGGGAGAGAGUGUCCUCAUCCCAGGGAAAGGUUUUAGAAGAAAACAGAGGACCUGGAAUUGUAGAAGCCUCUGAAGGAAGACUGGCCGCUAAAGAUCAGAAGGCUUCUCCAGGUUUAGUUUGUCAUGAAACACCAACUACAGAGGCAGUGCAGAUCUUUGCAAAUAGGGCUUCAAUGCUACAGUCAGAGGAUUGUUUUCACAAAAAAAUUGAUACUGUUGCUCCCAGAAAAAGGAGAGAGAAAGAUGGAAAUAGUGAAAGGGUGGAAGAAGUUUUGGUUGCUGCUACGGAGGAAAUGCAUGCGCUAGAUGAAGAUAUAGGUGGAGAACAUCCUAAGGGAAUGAACAAGAACAAUAAUGAAGCUCUAAGAAUGAAGCUGUGGGCCAUACUUGGUAGUGCUUCACAGAACAAGCAAAAUAUGAUCUCACCAGAUGUUGAAGACACAAUAUUGCAUAUAAAUCAUGAAAGGGAACCCCAAAUGGACAAAGUAGCAAAGCCCAAGCAGAACUCAGAUACGAUUGAGACAGACUCUGAAAGCCCAAAACAAACCAUAAGAAGACCUGUUACUCGCUCCUUAGCACGGAGGAAAGCUCCACCAACUACAGCACGCAAGUUGGAAGGUCAGGCUGGCUCUAGAAAGAGGCCUUUGUCCUCCUCCAUCUCAGGUUCUAAACUGAAACUUGAUGGGAAGAACAUCUUUUCUUUUGAGGAAGGUGAAGGGAAACAACGAAGCUUAGAACAGACUAUCAGGUUUAAAGGGAAGAGAAGUGAGCAGAACAAGGCUAGAAUUGAACCUCGGAGGAUUUAUUUUCCUAGAAAACAGGCUUCACACAACAGCAAGCAGACUAAUGGUAAAGAACAAACAUUGCCAUCACCUGAUAAAUCAUCACCACAGAGCAAGAAAACAGCACAUUCUUCUCCGCCAUGUCAGGGUCAGAAAGACAUUUUGGAAACAAAAACUGAAGUUCAAGAUGUUAAUUAUCAUUCACAUACAGCAGUACACAAACAUUUUGCCCGUUCAUCACUACCAUGUGAUGCAGAAACUCAUGAAUAUAAUUGUAACUCAUUCGUGAAAAGGAAAACACAUUCAUGGGAGCAUACAAACAGUUCACAAGUGCCCAAUGAUGCUUACCUGCACAAGCGGGUCAGAAGUCCAGCAGCAAGGAAUUGUAAUCCCUUGUAUAACUCUCAGAAUGCAACUGGAGCUAUGAAUGCAAGUACAGCUACACCUUCACCAAGAAGUAAACUACCAAAUGAGUCUUUCUGGAGUCCUAUACCGGUUAAGAAAAGAAUGUUGACAAGAAAAAUUUAUAGCUCAAUAAGUCUGGGCAACUCGAGAGGAAAAUCUAAUGGUUCAGAUGCGGAAACAGAAACAUCUUCAGGAACGCAUGUUGUGGGAAAAAUAGAAAUUGAGAAGCAACCAUCUCUAUCACCAAUCAAAGACCAGGACAUUAAGGGCUUUGAGGCAAACAGUAUUUUUACAAAAGGUUGUAGACAGAUUGAAAAAUAUUUUUCAGAUGCUGGCAGCCCCAAGAUGUCUCCACUCACCCUUAAUCAUAGGAAAAGAGUACACAGGCAAAAAGUUGAAAAAUUGUGCAAAUCCAACCUAUCUUCACCAUCUCCAAUUGGCACUUGCGGAACUGAAGAAACUACUGGCUCAUAUGAAUCCUCAGAGCAAUACCCAGAGGACAGCUUGGCCAGAGCUGUUUGCCAACUGGCAUUGGUUUUGGAAAGGUUCAAGCGCAAAGUAAAAUCACAAACAGUCAAUAAAAGCUCUGAGAUACUCUCGGCUGCUGCAGAAAAAAUAUGCCUGCAGCUACAGGAUGCUGAGUCUCAUAUACAGGCAGAUUUGGGGAAGUUCAUCAGCACUGGCAAUUCCAAGAGAAAGCAUCUGGAAUCUAAAUUUCAUGAGCAACAAGGAAAGCUGAAGUUUAUACAUGACAAAUUUAAAGAGGAGAUCAAUCAGCACCUCCUGGACUGUGGGAACACCCUGGAAGAGUUUGAAGCACACCAAACAGAACUUAAGGGAUGUGCAGACCGGCAGAAGGCAUUCCAUAGGAAGCUUCUCCUGCAAGUUGAAGAAGCAAUGGAGGCUCAGCUAAAUGUUGCAGAAACAAGCAUUGCCAUGAUUCAUGAGGAAGCAAGGAAAAAGAUGAAUGGUUUAAAGCAGGCACUGAAGGAGUUGCUGGCAGAGGGCACAAUUUGUUGAUCAGGUUUAUCAUAUGAAGGAUGAUGACAGUAGCUGCAGGCAGGUUUCUGCUUGAAUCACAUAAGUCCAUUAGUGUAAACAUACAAACCCUUUGCAAAUCCUCAUUUUUGUUCCACACUUGGAAAAGAAAGGUGAAGAACAAGCUGACAACUGUUAUUUUUGACUGUUAAAGUUACAACCAUGCAAAUUAUCUCAUUGCUUCAAUGCUGUAUAUAGGACAUGAGUGAAAUGUCCUUAUAGUCAAUGUAAAUCUCUAUAAUGAUGAUGAAAUCGCCGAGAAUUGAUUUUUGUUUAACUGGAUGAGAUUCAUUGAAAUGUUUGAUAAGGUUCGAGCAAG